AUGUCUGAUGCACAGAAGACUCCUGCUCCUGCAAAGGGUGAUACGGGAGGGGCGCCAGAGAAGAUGGAGGUAGAAGAGGCCUUGGAUGAAGAGAUCCUCCGUAUGGCUCCUGAGGAUUUGAAGAGCCGAACUCAUUUGCUGGACAAUGAAAUUCGCAUAAUGAGGAGUGAGGUUCAGCGAAUAAACCAUUCAGUUUCAAUGUUGAAAGAACGCAUAAAGGACAACAACGAAAGGAUUAAGGUCAACAAAACCCUCCCUUAUCUCGUUUCUAACGUAGUUGAGCUCUUAGACUUGGAGGACAAUCAAGAGGAGGAAGGCGCUAACGUCGACUUAGACGCGCAUAAAACAAAAUGCGCGGUCAUAAAAACAUCGACCAGAGCGACAUAUUUUCUUCCUGUCGUUGGAUUGGUUGAACCAUCUGAACUGAAACCUGGUGAUCUCGUGGGAGUCAACAAAGAUUCAUACCUUAUUCUGGAAAAACUCCCAGCUGAAUAUGACUCUCGCGUUAAAGCCAUGGAGGUUGACGAGAGGCCUUCCGAGCAGUAUUCCGAUAUCGGAGGAUGUGACAAGCAGAUUCAAGAACUCAUUGAAGCAGUAGUUUUACCUAUGACACAUAAAGAUCGAUUCGUCAAUCUUGGCAUACAUCCACCAAAGGGAGUGCUAUUGUAUGGUCCGCCUGGCACCGGUAAAACUAUGAUGGCACGUGCUGUCGCAGCUCAAACGAAAUCAACGUUCUUGAAAUUAGCUGGGCCGCAGCUGGUGCAAAUGUUCAUAGGAGACGGUGCAAAGCUUGUACGUGACGCGUUUGCACUAGCUAAAGAGAAAGCACCGGCCAUAAUUUUCAUCGACGAAUUGGAUGCUAUUGGUACAAAACGUUUCGAUUCCGAAAAAGCUGGAGAUCGAGAAGUGCAGCGUACAAUGUUGGAGUUGCUUAAUCAGCUUGACGGGUUCCAGCCUAAUGACGAAAUCAAGGUGAUUGCCGCUACUAACAGAAUUGAUGUCCUUGAUCCCGCCCUGCUCCGAUCUGGACGACUUGACAGAAAAAUUGAGUUGCCGCAUCCCAACGAAGAUGCUCGAUCACGUAUCAUGCAGAUUCACUCAAGGAAAAUGAAUGUCAACAAGGACGUCAACUUUGAAGAGCUAGCUCGUUGUACUGAUGACUUCAAUGGUGCCCAGUGUAAAGCAGUGUGUGUUGAAGCGGGUAUGAUCGCUUUACGACGUGAUGCUACAGAGGUUCUUCAUGAAGAUUACAUGGAUGCGAUUCUGGAGGUCCAAGCUAAGAAGAAAGCCAGUCUCAAUUAUUAUGCAUGA